ACAGUCGGUGAGAUUGUGACUAAUACUCCCUCUCUCACACUGUUUGUAAGGCAGAGUCACCUGUGUUUAGAGACUGAGUGAGAGGGUGAACAUGGCAGGUUUGCUGUUACUGUCUGCGAUCCUGCUGCUGGAUGCUACCGUAGUGUUCAGUCACCCCCAGAGCCGUUCCUCCAUUGUUGGAGGGGAAGAUGCUAAGGAGAGCGUCUGGUGGUGGAUUGCUGCCAUAGUGCGGAAUGAUGAUCCAACAACGAUUUACUGCGGUGGGACCCUAGUGGCUGACACAUGGGUGCUGACAGCUGCGCACUGCAUUGACACGAGAAUAUCACAAUACUCUGUUCUGCUGGGUGUGCACCGCCUGACCGAAGAUGUUACAGCAGAAAAAAAGUUCAACAUCGUCAAAAGUGUCAUCCACCAUAAAUACAACGAUGAAGACCUCAGCUUUGACAUUGCACUGGUGCGGCUGGACAGACCAGUCCGAGUCCCCGGCGUAGGGCCAUAUCCCUACUUGGGAGAUUCCAAAGAUAACUAUGAAGGUCCCUGCUGUGUGGCUGGCUGGGGUCAAAUUACAGAAAACGAUCCUUUGCCAGUACCAAGGACCCUGCAGGAAGUUACUGUCCCAAUUGUUCCCAACGAUUCCUGCAAGAAAAGCUACCCAGACCUCAAACCUGAGAUGAUUUGCGCUGGCAAAUCCGGCAAAGAUUCCUGCCAGGGAGACUCAGGAGGUCCUCUCAUGUGCAUCUCUAAAGAUGGAAGUGAUGAAAUCUGGAAGUUGGCUGGAAUCGUCAGCUACGGAAGGGGGUGUGGCCGAGCGGCAUUCCCGGGGGUCUACACCCGUGUCUCCAGCUACAGGGACUUCAUCAGCAAUAACAUAAAAGGCUUUAGGAAGGGAAUCAGGAAGUCUAGAAAGGCCUAGAAAGUUAACUGCACUGCAGUUCUUCCAGUUAUCAUCAUAUCUCACGCUCUCCACCUGUCUUUGCUCCCCCUGAUGUUUCCCUGUUAAUUUGUGUUACUUUGUGUUACUUUGAGUUUACGUAACGCUGUCCUUGUACGCAUAAUCAAUAAAUAUAAGUAUAGCAAGUAA